CGGACUCAGAGUCAAACUGACAUUUUAACUAACCUAAGUAGCUGCUACUACUGAUGUUAACGCAUCAACAAAAACUUCACUUAGUUUACUUUGCUUCUUUGUUCUGCACAAAAAAGACUUUGUAGUGAGCUGUUUGUCCACAACUACAAUUCCCACAAUUCACCUAACGUAACUUGCGCACUUUCUAGAACCUUGACGAUUCUACUGCGACUCACUUUUUCAGAAUAGCUAACGUUAGCUAACGUCAGCUUAACCCAGCCUUCCUUUCAAGCAGUUCACACCACAGGGUCCGCGAAUUAAGGGGUCUGUGUCUGUUUGCAGGCGGUAUCAUAAUAGUAGGUUAGUAAGACUUGAGCAUGCAGAGCCUGUUGCUGUGUGCUAAUGGGGUUAUUCCAGAGGAAAACAAUGCGAACUGACAUGCGAGACUAGCUAGCAAAACAUCAACAAAAACACCAAGGGGCAGGGCAGCUGCACAGGUCGGUCUGUAACGCUAUAUGUUUCUGGUUAACUUAUGCGAAGUUGUUAUUCAGCACAGGGAUGAAGCUGUCAUUGUGUAUCACGGUGUCACGUUAUAGUAAUAGCCAGUUUUAUCCGUAGCGUCAUACUGACGGUAACAUGCAACAAUGACAUUGUAGCUAGCUUUGUAACCAGCCACCUGUCCUCUUGUAGACAUACAGAUGAGUGACAAAUGAGAGGAAAAACCAGCAUGAAGUGUCUUAGUAUGGAGUCUCCGGAACAGCUUCAGUGCUCCUUGCCAAGUCUUUGGAACUCUGUUGGAGGGACGAACACUAUUCCUCCAAAAGAUAUUCUCUCAUUUAUAUAUACAACCUUUAUUUAAUCAGGCAAUUUCAUUGAGAUCAAGAUCUCUUUUGCUAGAGAGACCUGAGUACAGCAGAUAGAAAGAAAAGCAAACAUAGUCAGACAUAACAAAAUGACAAAUAGCAUCAGAGACAAACACAGACAUCACUAAAAUAGAUUUAGUUCACCUCCUGGGCACUGCCGAGGUCCCCUUGAGCAAGGCACCGAACCCCUAACUGCUUGGGGCGCCUAUGUGGCAGCCCCCUCGCUCUGACAUCUCUCCAUACAUUAUGCAUGUGUGUAUUUCGGGCCUGUGUGUGUGUAAAAUAACAACAUAGUGAAAAAACUUGAAUUUCCCCCUAGAGGGAUUAAUAAAGUCUGUCUUCUUCUUCAAAUCAGCGACUUGACCACCGUGCAUCACUCUACUCCCUCAAGCAGUGAAUACAUGCCAGCCAUGUAUUCAUUUUCAGGCCCCACAAGCCUACCUGAAUUUGACCUUGCGUCUGCAAGUACGCCUGGCCACCUACAGAGAGCAACACUCUCUAACAACAGCUGGGAGACACGAUGCCUCAGGAAGCACAGGAGAAGAGUUGAUGAUGAGGGAUGCAGUGCCAAAAGGAGGAGGUUAAUGUUAGAGGCAGAAGUGGACAUUUCAGAGAACUCAAACACUAGCACUCGUCAUGACUGGCCUACAGCAAACAGCUGCCCUCCUCUGCCUGCGGAGCAAGCCAGCCCUGCACUUCCACAGCCCUGCCCAGCGCCUCAGAACUUGACUUUGGCUCAGCCCUCCUCUGCUCUUUCCCGACCCGAGACAGAGAGCUCCUGCAUGGAGAUAGAGGCAGCUCAGAGGAGACUUCAGGAGAUUGAAGACAGAAUAACGCUGGAGGAUGACGAUGAGGAUGAAGAUUUGGAUGUAGAGCCAGCCCCAAGACGGCCAGUGCUGGUGAUCUCUGACAGUUUGAAGGAGGGUCUACAGCGCGGCAUCAGCGACAUCCUACCCCACACAGUAGCCCAGUCCGUGAGCCAUUCCUGCAUGGAGUUGGUGUUGUGGCGGCCAUUGGACGAUCCCUUCUGUCGGAAGCGAAAGGGCUCAUUACAGAAACAGCGUAAACAACAGACAGUAUCGCGACAACCCCCGACACCGUGUCCAUCUCCCACCCCUCACAGUCCACCUUCAGACACACACUCUUCUAUGUACAGUUUUCCUGUGGCCCACAACUCUGGAGUGGAGGACAUGGAAAUGUAAUAGUGCUUGAUGACUUGAAAAGCCAUGCCAAAGACUGAACAUGUAGUCACACAAAAGACUAUAAAGGACUCAGAACCACUUGAAGUUGAUCAGUUUGGCGAGGCAUUUUGACUUUACAUGAAUAUUGUGCUGUUUUGGACAGUUUGUGCAACACAUCUUUUGCUUUACAGUCACUCAGUUUAGGUUUUCUGACUAUAGUCACAGGCUUCUAUAUGUAAGAUGUAACAAUAACGCUGACCUAACUAAUCAGUUUUAUUAAUGUAAAUCUCCAAGGUAACUGAUCUCAAGACUUUGAAAAGUUCUAUAGACAGCCUUGCAUAACCAAUUUUAUAGAACUUACAGAAUGAACCUUUGCCUUUAGAAAUAAGACAAUUUGUACAUAAUUUUGCCAAAGUCUGGCCAACAACACACUGACACUAUUCUUUGUUAAACAUCAGUGUGCAGCAUCUGAAUUUUGCAGUUUUUAUGUUCAGCUCCUGGGGCUCGUUAACAGGAGACAAAAAAUGUUCCUGUGUGUUCACAUUUGCUCACAGCACGACUUCCUGCUUGCAGCUGUACUUGUUGUGGUAGAAAGAUUAUCUUCCUUUAGUGCUUAGCAAGUACACCAUCUGUGAGCUUUGAGGAAUUUAUAAGAAGUCAUGGAACUGCACCUUUUUAUGAUUUGAUUGUAUUUUCAUAUGUACAUCAUCAGCCAUCGAGUGUUAUUACUUUUUAUUUGUUUUUAAAUAAACUCUUGUCCAUGUAGAGAUUCUGCAUGGCAUAGUUGGUUUUCA